UGAUCGGGUCUCUUGCCUUGGCUUUGCUUUGCUUUGCUCUGCUCUGCUAGCCCUCCUUUCCCCACCCCACUGCAUAUAUAUAUAUAUAUAUCCUACCUCCCUCCCUCUCUCUCUCAACACUUUUCAAUCAAAACUCUCUGUUUCUCUAUUACUAAUUCUCUCUUAUCCAUAUCAACAUCAAGCUAAGCUUAGCCAAGCCAAGCAAAGCAAAACUCACACAACUCAUCCAUUUCUCUCUCUCUCUCUCUCUCUCUCUCUUCCUUGUUUGUUUGUAUAGCCAACCUAACCCUACUACCAAAAUCAAUCCUAAUCUUCAUUCAUUCAUCAUAAUCAUGGGGAGAUCACCUUGUUGUGAGAAAGCUCACACCAACAAAGGCGCCUGGACCAAAGAAGAAGACCAGCGCCUCAUCAACUACAUCCGCUCUCAUGGCGAGGGCUGCUGGCGUUCCCUUCCCAAAUCCGCCGGCUUGCUUCGCUGUGGCAAGAGUUGCAGACUCCGGUGGAUUAACUAUCUCCGUCCUGAUCUCAAGAGAGGGAAUUUCACUGAACAAGAAGACGAACUCAUUAUUAAACUUCACAGCAUGCUCGGAAACAAAUGGUCAUUGAUUGCUGGAAGAUUACCAGGUAGAACCGACAACGAGAUCAAGAACUACUGGAACACUCACAUCAAGCGAAAACUCAUCGUUCGGGGCCUCGAUCCCCAAACUCACCGCCCUCUCAACGCCACCGCUUCAACCACCACCGCCAAUUCCAAAUUUGAUUUCAGAAAUGCCUCCCACUCCUAUUCAACCCUAACUGACAUCGAUUUGACGAUGAAUCAAAACACAUUCAAGCUUAUUGCUAUGGCGGACGAUUCCUCAUUCGACGACGGCAAGUGCAAUAGCGGCACCACCGAGGAGGCUCCUCCUCAGCUCCUUCAACCACCACCACUUCUAGCUCAUCAUUCCGAUCAAAACUGCCAAUCCAUCAAUCUCGACCUCUCGAUUGGACUCGUUCCGUUCCAAUCCCUAACACGGAGUGAGUCCGCCAACUCCAACUCGGCGGAGAUUGAGCUAAAGAAGGAGCAGGAGGAGGUGGUUCCGUAUCAGUUUGUUGUGGCGGCGAGGCCGUCGGAGACGCCAGCGCCACAGGCGGUGUGUGUGUGUUGGCAGUUGUCGUUUCAGAGAGGUCAAUUGUGUAGUAAUUGCAGCACAAAUGGGUUACAUAGAUAAAGACAAAUUGCUG